CAGACACGGAAAGAGAGAAGGGGGCAUGAGAAUCACCAUGGACAACGACCACCAACUAGAAGAACAUAUGGCUCUUAUCUCUGAGCUGUACCCGGGGGUUUACACGCAGAUCGUACCGCCCGUUAAAGAGUCGAAGCCACGGCGCAGGAGGAAGAAGAGCAAGGGCGAGGGCGGCGCAGCGGGGCCGAGGAAGAGGAAGUUGAGCGAGGAGCAGGUGAACCUGCUGGAGCAGAAUUUCGGGAGCGAGCACAAGCUGGAGUCGGAGAGGAAGGAUCGGCUGGCCUCGGAGCUCGGGCUCGACCUGAGGCAGGUGGCCGUCUGGUUCCAGAACCGGCGCGCCCGGUGGAAGAACAAGAAGCUCGAGGAGGAGUACGCGAAGAUGAAGUCGGCGCACGAGGGCACCGUCAUCGAGAAGUGCCGCCUCGAUCCGAGCGACCAUGAAUCCUACGCAUCAAGAAGAGAGUUCAACGCAAAAGAGAAGCAAAAGGAAAAGAACGACAUUAAAAAUACUCAAAUUCUUCCUGGGGACGAUAGCUGGCUGGAGCUGAUGGAUGAUGAUGAUGAUGAUGAUGGUGGUACUGAAGCUGAAGGACCAGCUGAUCGAGUCGGAGAAGGAGAUCCAGCGGCUGCUGGAGCGGGCCGACGGGCCCGCGGCGUCAAGCAACAGCCCGAGCUCGUCGAUGUCGAUGGACGCGAGCAUGGACAGGCGGUUCCCGGGGAGUUCGCGUACGAGGACGUUUUCUACAUGCAGGAGAACGUAUACAAUGUCUACGGCAUGGACUGA